GAAGAAGAGAAGCCACAGAGAACCGGUGUCAUUCGGUAUGACAUCCGCGGAGGAUAGGGCAGGUGCUGUGCCGCCAGACAUGUUACAGGAAGCCGACGAGCGAGGAGUCACCCACAAAUCACCCGUGGGAUCAGUCCCUGCGACACAGGCUCGUUUUGAGCCAGUGACCAGCGUCCGGCUGGUAAGGCGAAACCAGAGUCAACGGGAUCGGCGAAAUUCGACGUUCAAUGAGGUCGCAGCUUGGCGAGCGUCAAGAGAUCGAGGAAGCAGCAUUGGUUAAGGUGCAUUCAUACCGUUUGUAAAGAAGCAGGCGAGAAGGAGUGGGGACGGUUAAACUGAAGCAUUGUUGGCUCUGGCGGUUCCUUUUCUUUCUGUUCUUUCCUGGAGAUUUUGAAGUGGUCCAAAAUAGCAAAAGCAUUAUUCAUUUUUUUUAUGUUCUUUUUUUGUUAUUCCAUCGGCCAAAUCGUCCGGGAUUUUUCUUAUCUUGGAGCAGUGUCUGGUAAUAACGAAAAAGAAGAAAAAAAAGUGCGCCAGACUUGACUGCAAGACGUUCCGAGCCUAUAUAGAUCCGACGCCAGACAUGCGAAAGUUUGUGGGAAGGUGUUCGUCUCGUCCGUGUCGAGCGAAGGUAAAGGGGAAAAAACCUAAAUAAAUAAAACCAUGCGGGACGAAACCUUCGCGUCAUU